AUGUCGGAAUGUAUCAGGCGCAUCACAUUGUCUAUAACCGCGCCUACCCACGAUGGCGAUCUCCUAUCCCUCGAAAUCCUACCAGAGACCACGGUCAGCGUUCUAAAAGAAUCCGUCUCAGCGGAAGCACAAAUCCCCGCCGCUUCACAGCACCUCUAUCAUAAUGGGCAGCUACUCAACGAUGAUACGAAAACGAUGGAACAGUUGCAGAUCGGAGAUGGAGAAAUGUUGGCUUUACACGUAAGAGAUAUGGCUGCUCCGCGAAGACCGCAACCAGCAGCCCAGGCAGCACCUCAACAGCGAGACGGGGCAGAUCCAGAGACCUUACGGUUACGGUUAUUAGGAGAUCCAGCAAUUAGACAGCAAGCUGCGAACCAACAGCCAGAGUUAGCGGCAGCGGCAGAAGAUCCUCAGAGAUUUGCUCAGCUAUUUAGGCAGAUGCAAGAUUCAGAGCGACAGGAGCAGGAAAGGAGGAGACAGCAUAUUGCAGAUCUAAAUGCGGAUCCAUUUGAUAUUGACGCGCAGAUGCGAAUUGCGGAAAUGAUUCGGGAGGAGCGUGUGCAAGAGAAUCUACAAAAUGCUAUUGAGCAUAACCCAGAGGUCUUUGGUAGAGUUCACAUGCUCUACAUCGAUGUCGAAGUAAAUGGCCACAAAGUAAAAGCCUUCGUCGACUCCGGCGCCCAAGCAACCAUCAUGUCCCCCUCCUGCGCCGAAACCUGCGGUAUCAUGCGUCUAGUCGACAAACGCUUCGCCGGUGUCGCCAAAGGUGUUGGCACCGCAGCCAUCCUCGGCCGCGUCCAUUCCGCCCAGAUUAAAAUCGGCAACCUCUUCCUCCCCUGCAGUUUCACCGUCAUGGAAGGAAAAGACGUUGAUCUCCUCCUUGGUCUCGACAUGCUGAAACGCCAUCAAGCUUGUAUAGAUCUCAGCAAAGAUAAACUCGUCAUCCAAGGCGUCGAGGUCUCGUUCCUGGGCGAAGCGGAUAUUCCGAAGAAUAUGGAGGAGGAACGGGCUGAGGAACCGAAGGUCGCAGGGCCGGGUGGGACGACUAUUGGUGCGAAAUCUGGCGCUGUGGAUGGGCCUUCAAUGACGCAACCUACGGCUUCAGCGUCUUCAUCAACGCCUCAGACGGGACCUCAAGCUCCUACCCCCGCGGCACCGCCACAACCCGAGUUUCCUCAGCAGAGUAUCGAUACGCUCGUCGCGCUUGGGUUUAGUCGGGAGGAAGCUGUAAACGCGUUGAAUGCUUGUGGCGGGAAUGUGGAAUAUGCUGCUGGGUUGUUGUUCCAGGGAUGA